AUGGCGCCAGCGCCGGACGUCAAGGUGCCGGGCGAUCGCCUGGGCCUCGCGGCGGAGCUCGCGGCGGGGCCCGGCACGUACGUGCGCGGGCCGUUCGUUUACGCCAGCACCACGGGCGCCAUGACCGUCGCGCCCGGCGACCCCCUGCCGACAGUGUCGGUGCGGCGCGCGGGGGCGCAAGCCGCCAUUCCCAGCGUUGGCGCAACAGUCAUCGCGAAGGUGGCGAGGGUGACGCCACGAGCAGCCAUGGCGGACAUAGUGUGUGUGGGCGCACAUGCCGUCACCGACAAGUUCUCAGGCAUCGUCAGGCAGCAGGAUGUGAGGGCCACGGAGAUAGACAAGGUGGAUCUGCUCGCCUCCUUUCGCCCCGGCGACCUCAUUCGAGCCCAAGUGCUCUCAUUGGGGGAUUCCAGAGCCUACUUCCUCUCCACAGCCAAGAAUGACUUGGGGGUCAUUCUGGCCAAAGGGGUCGCAGGUGUACCCAUGCUGCCCGUAAGUUGGCAAGAGAUGCGAUGUCCCAUUACUGAUCAAGUGGAGAAUAGAAAAGUAGCUAAGGCCAUCUCUUCGUUUGUCAUCGAUAUCGAGAAUCGCGUUGUCUCCAUAAGCAUCUGCGCGGCGGCGGCUGGGUUGCUCGCGGCCGCGGCUCUCGCCUACUACUACCGCCAGCGGCGGCAGCGCCGCGAGCAGCGGAAGGCCGACGCUGGCGAGACGGCAGCCCCGCUGAUCGCGGGCGACGCAGCGGGGAUCACGGAAGCGACGGAUGCGAGGGAAGGCGGAUGUGCGGCCGCUGAUCUUGGGGAGGAAACCGCGAUCGACGCACCAAGUGUUGACGAAGUGUCGCCGGCGAAGAGCGGCGGCGGCGGCGGCGGCGGCGAGGGCGAGCGCGGCGUGCUGGUGGUGUACUGCAGCCAGACGGGCACGGCGCGGCGACUGGCGGGCGCGCUGGUGGACGAACUCUCGCGCGACGGCGUCCCGUGCCAGUUGCAAGACCCCGUGCUGUACGAGCCCGAGGACCUGCCCAAGGAGCGCGUGCUGCUGCUGGUCGCGUCCACGUGGCAGCACGGCUCGCCGCCCGGCCACGCCGCCUUCUUCCUGCGCUGGCUGCACGAGAGCGCCUCCGACUUCCGCGUCGGCGCCGCGCUCCUCGCGCCGCUGCGCUUCGCCGUCUUCGGGCUGGGGAGCUCCGCGUACGACGAGGCGGAGGAGGCGGGGGGAGCGCAAGGGGAGAAGCCGGAACGCGCGGGGUGCUGUGCGUCUAGCGCGGAUGCCGGAGGGGGGUGUGUACACGGGCCCCGCGGGGGUGAAGAAGAAGUGGUUCGUGCGCAGUGGGAAGAAGGGCAAGGCGGGCGCGAAGGGGGAGACUGGGGAAAGGGGGCGCGCGGGAAGAACGGCGCGACAGGCGCGGCAGGGGGUGGGAGCGGGGCAGCAGCGGCGGCGGAUGGUCCAAGGGAGAUGGUGACACCCGUGCUGCGCGCUAACCUGGAGAAACAGGGGUACCGAGUGCUGGGGUCGCACAGCGGGGUGAAGGUGUGUCGGUGGACCAAGGCACAGCUGCGAGGGCGGGGCGGCUGCUACAAGCACUCCUUCUACGGCAUCCAGAGCCACCUGUGCAUGGAGGCAACGCCGAGUCUGGCAUGCGCCAACAAGUGCGUCUUCUGCUGGCGCCACCACACCAACCCCGUGGGGAAAUCAUGGCGCUGGAAGGUGGACGAGCCAGAGGACAUAGUGGAAGGGGCAUUGGCAGGCCACGUGCAGAUGGUUAAGCAGAUGAAGGGCGUGCCAGGGGUGAAGCCAGAGAGGCUGGCAGAGGCCAUGACCCCUCGCCACUGUGCGCUGUCGCUGGUGGGGGAGCCCAUCAUGUACCCGCACAUCAACCGCCUGCUCGCCCUGCUGCACGCCCGCCGCAUCUCCUCCUUCCUCGUCACCAACGCACAAUUCCCUGAGAAAAUCACCGACCUGCACCCCGUCACACAGCUGUACGUGAGUGUGGAUGCGGGCACCAAGGAGUCGCUCAAGGCCAUAGACCGCCCUCUCUUUGGGGACUUCUGGGAACGAUUUACUGCGUCCCUGACAGCGCUGCGCAGCAAGCAGCAGCGCACGGUGUACCGACUGACGCUGGUGAAGGGGUGGAACACGGAGGAGCUCAAGGCGUACGCUGACCUGCUCAAGCUGGGCCAGCCCGACUUUAUAGAGAUCAAGGGCGUCACCUACUGCGGCAGCACGGGGGCAUCAUCCCUGACCAUGCAGAACGUGCCAUACCACGAGGACGUGAGGCGCUUCGCAGCAGAGCUGGCGGCGGCAGCAGGGGAGGCGGGGGCGGGGGGCUACGAGCUGGCGUGCGAGCAUGAGCACUCGUGCUGCGUGCUGCUGGCGCUCUCUUCCAAGUUCAAGGCGCCGGAUGGCACGUGGCACACGUGGAUUGACUACGACAAGUUCCAUCAGCUGGUGGCGAGUGGGCAGGCAUUCAGCAGCACGGACUACAUGGCCCCCACGCCCCCCUGGGCCGUGUAUGGCGCCAAGGAGGCGGGCUUUGACCCGCAGGAGACCCGCGUGCGCAGGGAGAGGAAGGCAGGCGCUGUGUGA